AGAGGAUCGAAUUUCAAGAUGAACGACAAUCUCCACCACCGAUGUCACCGCUCUCCGUCCUCCGUAGCAAGCCCAACCCCUGGCUGCAACGAUGCGGGUACCACCACCGUACGCGAGGGGGUGCGUUCAACCGGAUCGGUCGGGUCGCUUCUUCCUCUGUCCCAUGCGGCGUGACGUCACCAUCUGGCCAUCGGAACCAGUUGGGGGAUUUUCCAGCACACCGCAAACACCCUUUACAACCGCCCCUCCACUCAGUGCCAAAGCCAUACGCCCAUUGCGGAUGGUUCUUGCUGCGGUGUGUCUAUGCGUCGUUCGGCUUUCCGAUUCUUCUGUGCGCGGAACGAGUUUCGCGAGCCUACCAAACCGGAACCCUUCACCAAAGAUGGCUCUUAAAAUAAACAUAAUGCUCCCCGCCGAGCGCAGCGUUGAUGAGGAUCUGUUACCCCGCUCAGAAGCUGACCAGGCAGUGGUCUGCCGGCUGGUUUGGCAACAAUGAAUUAAUUUUGUUUGCUUUGGAGUUGACCUUACAGAACAUCGGGUCGAUCUUGAGUCGAGUCGUGGUUUCAGAUUGGCGUUCAAGGUAUGAGGAUAUUGAUUAACGAAUAAUUUUGUUAAAGUAUAAUGAGCUUAAACUGGACCACAACGUAGUUCUAGAAACGAACGAACUAUUUGUCCCAAAUGGACUGCUCCGGACUCGGGAUGAAAGUGAUAAAUGAUUUCCUUCGCUUAUCAAACACCAUCUAGGAAGCUUUCCAGAACUAUCGAACGAUAACAAUCGCCCUUAAUUACUCUCCGCAAGGGUUUGUUUGCUCAAUUCGCACUAUAAAAACGCAUUAGCAUGGUACGCGUUCCCUCAAAAAUUCACCAUGAAGCAAGCGUGCAGUUGCGUCCUGCUAGUGUUGCUGUGGCAGAGGGUAACAGCAGUGUUGGAUCCACUGCGCCACAACGACUGCCACUCUCGGGCUGUGUCGAUGGAAACACGAAUCCUUGACAACUAUCUCACGGACCAGCACACCGUCACCGUGAUAGAAUCGUGCACGGAAAUUCCAAUCAUGUCGCCAUACUGUCUGCACAAUCCGGUCCCGCUGAAUGCCUUCACCCUUCAUCGUUUUCAGGCGUUCGUACACCAAUCGUUAGAGCACACCACCCAAGAGCUGGAGUAUCGCACGAAUGAAUGCUUCGUCGGCUCGGGCCACAUGGACGACCUGCUGACGGAGCUACUGCCCUACCUUUCGGAGUACAACCCACGCGCCAAGGUGAUGCUCAUCACGCAGGAAAUGGCCGACCAGGAGCUGGCCGAGCUGUUCCAUGCCGCCUGGUACCGGUACCGGUUGCUGCAGCUGAUUGUGCUGAAUCACCGCGCGAACGAUACGAUCGAGAGCUGCCUGUUUAACCCAUUCCGCAAGGCACUCUCGCCGGAACUGCGCUACCUUCCGACGGGGAAGUCGGAUUUGCACUGUCGCCUGCUGACGGACGGGCAGCAGCUGGAUGCGUACAACCGCGAGCUGAACCUUUUCAUCGACGACCGCGUUUACAACCUGAACGGCUAUCCGCUCAACAUUGCAAUGCACGUCAGCAACGGUUCGACGUCGGCGUACGACUGCAUCCUCGGCACGGUAAGCUUCACCGACAUUGACCAGGAGAUCCUGUCCAUCAUGCAGAAGCAGAUGAACUUCAGUCUGAUCUUGCACAAAAACGAGCUCGAGCUGUCGAUCGGGUACAUCCACCAGAACGGGACGCCGGUCGGGACGCUCGGGCUGAUCGAGCAGAAUGCGAUCGAUCUGGCGGCCAACUCGCGCAUCAUACACAACUACGACACGCGGAACCUGCUCUACCUGCACUACAUCUCCACCGAGAAGCUUGUCUUCAUAACGCCGCGCAACUACUUCCGCAAUCGCGACAAAACGCAGGUCUUCAUCAACCCGUUCAGCGUGGCGUACAUGCUGACGAACGUGCUGCUUUCGUUCGGCGUGCCGAUGAUUAUCUUCCUGCUCGAGUAUGCCGCCCGCCGGCUCGAUGUGCCGCGCGAACCGAGCAGCCACACGUUCGGCACCAAGGUGCUCAACCUGGUCGGGAUCAUCUACAACGUGUCGGUGAAGCUGCCCCGAGCCGACCGCAAACGGUGGAUCAUUGUGGGGCUGCUCGUGUACAACAUUGUGUCGUACCCGAUCUGGCAGGGCGUCACGAUCCGGUAUCUGCACCCGAGCAAUCAGCAGGUCAACAACAUCAACAGCCUCGAGGAGCUGAUCGAGACGGAGCUGGAGCUGAAGGUAUCGCACUACCACGAGCACAUCGUGCGCCACGAGGGGCCACACUUUCAGAGCCCCGUGUACAGCGCGCUGUCGGGCCGGCUGUCCACCAGGAACACUUCCUCGCUGCGUGACUCGAUCGAGCAGAUCAUAAUGCACGGCAACUCGGCGCUGCUGAUCGCGGAGGAGUAUGUGCCGCUCGUGCUGGCCGGCAACUACCGGUGGAUCCCGGGCAAGCCGGAUGGCAUCUGGCCGAUACAGAAGCCGAUCUACGAGUUUUACAAAUCGAUGGCCGUCCCGAAGACGUCACCGUUCGCCGGGACGUUCAACGCGAUCGUGCUGCACUGCGUCGAGGCCGGCAUGAACGAUCGCUUCAAGCACCAGCUCGAGACGGCGGUACAGUUGAUGCAGAUCCGGCGCGUCCGGGAGCAUCCGUCGGUGCCGGAUUACAUCGUGUUCAACAUGGAGCAUCUGUUGCCGCUGUUCAUCUUCUACUUUGCCAUGCUGCUGCUGUCCGGGGGCAUCUUUCUGAUUGAGCUUGCGGUGCACGCGUUUCAGGCUUCGCGGGCGCGUUCGCAGCAGAGAGCACCAUUGCGCGUACCAGUUGAGGAGUACGUGCCGUUUGAAUUUGUUCACUGAUCGCGGUGGAUCUGGAGCGAGCU